UUAAAAGAAUUGUUGUCUUUAAUAGAUAUGAUAGAGAACCUCGCAGCGAAAUUAUGUUCGCUUCUGUCGGAAAAUGCCAACACAGCCGAACAAUGGAAGUUACUUGGACAAGAGAAAGACGGUUCGAUACUUAUUGGAUGGAUGGAAGAAUCAAAGAGGAACGAUGUAUGCAUAUCAUGUACUGUAGUCGGUCGUUACGACCAGAUUGACAACAAAUUACAGGUACUGCACCGCUUUUCGGAAGUACUAAACGUUGUUCAAGCUACGGUCAAUCAAAGUCAUACUCUGAUGGGAUAUGUGACGAAACAGAAAAGUUGCCUGAAAACGUCAGAUCCUCUGGAAGAUCGCUGCUCAGAGCAUGAAUCCUAUGGAGAAUUCUACAGAGUGUUCAUUGUAGAAUUAACUAAUGACGAUACCAAAGUACACGAUUUGGAAAUAAAGAGAUCUGAACAAGUGCGGAUACAAUUCCUAUACAGAGAAAAAGAGCAACUGGGUGUAGAUAAAUUUCUAGUUCUGAUACAUCAUGAAUGUAUUCUGACAUAUACUGCUCAAUUCGAUACAUCUGUAAGCCAUUCAAGACCGAUAAAGGAACUGAAAUCCGAAAUACUUGUAAAAACGUUUAUAUGGGCUCAAUGGGAUAUGAUUAAUCAAGUCCUUUACCACAUACAUCAUCGACGAAUUCCUGCAAGUGUGGUUACUGAAAAUGAGGACGAGAAUAAUUCCAGGUCUUCUAAACCAACCCUCAGUGGUCUUCAGUUUCAUGAUGACUUGCCUCAUGAAACAGUGCUGAAUAUCCCAUUAAACUUACCGCUACUGUCGCCGUCCUCUAGUUGCGGGACUUACGAAGAUGACGUGAUACCCCUGCGAGUCCACGAUUGUUCCCUAGAUCUUAUAGUGGUGUCGGACACCAAGGGGAUGGUCUGCGUUUGUCACUACUAUCUUUAUCGACCUGUACAGCCGCCGCAGCAUGUACUUAACUCCUUGAACGAAUCCAACACGGUGCAUUUUGCAUACUCGGUGACGCUGCUGCAUCACAGUUGCGUGAUCCAUUGUGUUAUACCGGGUAUAUCGUGGUCGCGUGCCAAGCUGAUGAGGCCAACUUUCGCGAUUUAUGAGAGCCAUCAUAUGAUCGUAUUCGUACCGGGACUAUUCGUACAUCUUCUCGAGAUCGGCGUGAAUCACGAGCCCUGCUGUCAUAUACUGUGCGGUCCACCACCGUCAAUUCCAUCUCGUGUCUCUUAUCUGGUACCACUAUUCGAUUUAGAUAAUCCUAGUAAAGGAAUAAGAAGAAGUUCCCAUCACAAUAAUCCCGAUGGCAAGAGUUCAGAUGGAAAUAGUCUACUCGCAAAUUCUAACACGAGUAUACUGACGAUAGAUUUACCUACUUUAGACCUCGUGCAGUUGACGAUUCCUUCAGAUUUUCUUAUUGAGGUUUUUCGUAAAGAGACUUCUGUGGAAGUUCGCUUGGGAAUACUUCAUUAUUUUCUCUGUCAUAAAAACGACAUAGAAAUUAUCGCGGAGUUAAUGUCCAUUAUCGCAGAGAAGCCGCGCUCAUUAGACAUCCCACGCUUUAUGCAGGAAAUUCUUAUAGGAAACUCUUACGCUUUAGUACAAAAAAAUCUUCUUGCUGAUACUAUUCCUUUACUAUCCCUAUUGCCCGUUACUACCAUAGGCGAUUAUAUGACUUUCGAUAUAAAGAUGAACGAUUUAGAGAUCAAACUGAGUCACGAGAAACUUUGGAACACAUCAGUAAUGUUACUUUCGCCGCAACAAAGGCUCGUUCCUUAUCGUAGUGAUUUAUGGACUAGAUUGUGGGAUCAGUUGAGCAAAAAUGGUAGUGACAAACUGAGAUUCAGACCUAGUCAUAUUGCGGAAAAACUGCUAGUUUCUUUGGCUUGUUAUCAACCAGAAGCGUUAUCCAGAUGCAGUACUCCAAUGUCUCCAAGUGGAGGAUUUGUUGCGAUGCCGCUUGGAGACUUCAUGAGUAAUCGAAACAUCAAGUUGGAUUCAGGCUUACCGUUUAACGAGACAGAAAGUUGCACUGCUUCGAAACAGGAGCACAUUGUGUCUGUUAAUUUGCGAGAACUUUCGAUGUAUCUUCUAAAGAAUGGCACGCAUACGUCAACUAUACAUACGCGAGGUUCUUGUACCCCGUUACAUGUUCAUGCCAUGGCCACGAGAUACGUGGCUGCGCAAUUGGAAGCGUCACGUAUAUUGUGUCAAAUACUUUGUAGAGCAGCUGGAGUUGAUCCGAGAAUUGAGCAGGAACGUGGUUUUAGUCUCAUAGACCAAUUAGACGAAGCAAGACGAUGGUUGUUGUUUAUGCUCUUACAGCGAUAUAGGUACUCUAUAGAGAGCAUCGCUUUCCCAGCGCCACAAGGAUUUGCGUCGUUUUUUACUUAUCUUGGCUAUCGUACUCUUAAAUUCUCAAUGUUUCUGCAAUACAUUGAACGCUCAGUAUUUGAACUUCAAGUUGAUGUCACCAAGAUUAUCUUAGCUGAUAUAAGCGAUACGAAAGAAAAUGUCGUUCAGAAAUUGAAGUUGUUGUCCUUGUUACCAAGAUCUCGCGCAAAGAGACUCUUGAAUCAAUGGUUACAUCCAAUUAGUUUAAUGUUGCGAGCCAGAGAACACGCCGCUAAUAUUCUGUGCGGCGAAGUAUCCCAGAGUCGAAUCAGUAGUCGGACUUUACAACACCGUAAUCAUCAUAAUAGUUUGGCAGCGUUUCCUUCUGCGGAUCGUUUGUCACCAUUAGAUACCUUUCUGGAUUUACUUACUGCAAAAGCUAGUCUUACAGAAUUAGAUUUCGGACUAUUGAUAGAAGCGACAGUAACAUCUACGGAGGAUUUUCUCUAAUGGAAAUUAAAUUUAGCUUGUAAAUCGAAAAAUGUCUCAAAUAGUCAUUUGAUUUAAUAAUUACUGAAUCAAUUAGGUGGCAAAUGUAGGAAGCGUCCCGUUUGAUUACGCGAUUGACUUAUAGCCACUCAUAGUAAUCAGUGCUUGGAUUUUUGCCACUGGACCAACAAAUCAGAAAAUUUUAUAUUAAAUUAACGAAUUAAUGACGUAGACAAACGGA